GUGAAUCUGUUUCCAUGCUUUGGCUGUGUUGUUUUAUUGUUAGCGUUGUAUGGUUUCGUCGUUUUGGUGCUAGUGAGAGUAAUUUGUUUUGUUAGUGUCUCUUGAGGUGUUCAUUGUACUUGACGUAAUUAAACCGCGCGAUAUACCGUUAGGAUAAAUGCCUUACAUUUACUUUAUGCUGUGAAUAACUAUGUCUCAUAAGCAGUCACCAGGACCAACUCCUGACAUUACUCACCCGGCACAUUCUACGAAAAAGGCUCGGCGAACCCCAAAAGAACGUCAGCCACCAAAACUAAAACGCAGGAACUAUAAAACAAAUAGGAACUUGUUUUCCCAGGAUGCUUGCCUGAUUUCUUUUCAGAGAAAUGAAGACAGUGCUCCAUCAUUAAGCAGACUCCACAAACACACUCAUCAUCUUACCUAUUUUAGACAGAAGUUUGAUGAUGUCCAUCAGAUUGGGGAAGGUUCAUUUGGAGAGGUGUUCAGAGCACGAUAUAAAGAAACAGGGCUAUAUUAUGCAGUGAAAAGAUCAAAGGAACGUUUCCGUAGUGACAAAGACAGAAGGUUGAAACUUGAAGAAGUUAGGAAACAUGAAAUGAUUCCAAAGCAUGAUAAUUGUGUUGAGUUCGUUGGAGCAUGGGAGGAGGAUGACUACCUGUACAUUCAGCUGGAACUCUGCAGAACAAGCUUGGAAGAAUAUACAGAAGUGAACCAUGACAUUACCCAAGAUAUGCUAUGGGAUAUUCUUCUUGAUGUUUUAUUGGCUGUGAAGCAUCUGCAUGAUCAUAACUUGAUUCACCUGGACAUUAAACUGGAGAAUAUCCUGGUAGCUCUGAAUGGCCGGUAUAAGCUUGGAGACUUUGGUUUGGUCGUAGAUGUGUCAAAGGAAGACUUGGAUGAUGCUGUAGAAGGUGAUCCCAAGUACCUUGCACCAGAACUAAUGACUGGACAUUUCACAAAGGCCGCCGACAUAUUCAGUGUGGGAAUAACAAUGCUAGAACUUGCAUCCGAUCUGGAUUUGCCAUCUCGAGGACCACUCUGGCAUGAAUUAAGAAAUGGAAUAUUUCCUGAUGAUCACACUGGGCAUAUAUGCCCUGAAAUGUUUGAACUCAUACGAGCAAUGAUGACCCCAGAUUAUGUGGAGCGUCCAACAGUUGAUUUCCUUCUGGCUCAUCCACAUCUCACAAAGUUGAUGCUGAGACGUCGUAGGUCUCACUAUGUGAGCCAAGUGGUUUCACAAGUGCAGUCCUUAUGCAGCAACUGGUGUGCAGUUUUGAAAAGUCUCAUGGAAAUCAUGUUACUGCCUCUUGGAUACUUACACAUUGGCACACGUGGCGAUUACAUCUCCAGUGCUUGCAUUACCAAUGGGUGUGUCACCAAUGGGACCAAGUUUGGACAGUGGGAAACUUCAUGCUCUGAUGUUGAGAAUGGGGCGAAGAGUGUGAUGAACCAGUCUUGUAGUUCCACUUCUACUACUUCUCCAAAUGUCUCACCUAUCAGAGGGGAGAAAGAUACGUUAUUUAAUACAUCUAUUCCUAAUGUUAUGAUAACAAAUUCAACACCUACAACCACACCAGCAAACAGUCCCAGAAAGCGAAGUUUAGAUGAUCUGCAUGAUUCCAUUACACCUGUGAAGACUCGGAUCAAACGUUUGUGUGUGUCUAGUUCAGAAUUGUACUCAUGUGGCCGAAAAAAUGAAGAUGAUUCAGAAGUGCCUAGCUGUUACCACUUUUCCUUUUCAAGGACAUCCACAGGUGCUCGAAAUCUACUCCCAGUGUUUCGAAGCUGUAAGGAUUAGCCAUGUUAAUGGUAAAGUUGGGAUGCACAAUUUGACUCUUACGAAUUGGAAGUGCCUUGUGUUAACUUCGUGAGGAAUCUCCAGUGUUCUGAGAUUAAUCAUUUGAUUGUUUUAACUAAGAAUAGUACUAUUGUCUUCACUAAUAAUUUCGAAUUAUUGAAGCAUUAUGUAUUUUUUCUUAUAUUUGUGUUACUGAAGAGAGUUUUAUUAGACUCUUAAUUUCUUCCUUUAUCUAUUGGGUAUGAGUUAGAGAUUUAUAGAACAGCAGCAGUGGUAUUCUAAAAUAUGUUCUUAUUCACAAUUGUCAUAUUAUUAUUAUUAUUGUUCAAAUGCAAUUUUAUGUAAAUUUAUAAAUUUGAUAUAUGUAUAAAUGUAUAGAAACCCUGUAAAUAACUUUAAAUCUUCCUAUACACAGUGUUCCAGGAGGAAAGGUCAAUAUUCUGGGAGGUCAUAGUAUCGUUCAUUCGAAACAAAAAGUGUAUAUGUACGUGUCCUAUUCCAAAUGGUUUCCAAGUUAGAGCUAUUUCACUGUACAGUUCCAAAAUUGAUGAAAAGAAAGAGAUAUUACAUACUGUUUCUAAUACUGGUAUUUACUGUUCAAGUGAGAAAGUUGGUGCAGUUUACCUAGUAUAAUACAUUUUUAAAAAUUGUGCCAUCAGCAUCUGUGCGCUUUGCAGCUUAUGUGAGGACAUGGCGUGUUGCUCAUCUGAGUGCAUCUUGAUGUUCUUUUUUGCAGACAAUAACAUGAAAUAGCCAUCUUGGAAACUGUUUGGAAUAGGACACAUGUGCAUAUAUACUUUUUUGCUUAUAAUGACCAAUACUGUGACCUCCAAGAAUAUUGAUCUUUCCUCGUGGGAGACCCUGUAUAUAACUUUUAAAUAGCUCUCAUAUAGUAUUUUAACAUAAAUUUUGUGACUCUUGUUUUAUAGAAAUUGCUAGAUUCAAACUUCAUGUUAAAUGAGCAAUAAAAUGGAAAUUUCUUAUGAAUGAAGACUUUUAUGAUAGACAAAGUAUUGUCACAGCCAAGAGGCAGUGUUUGUUCAUAUUGUAAUUUUAUGUAUAUUUUAACUGUGUGUUUUUAAAUAUAUUCGAAAAUCUGAAAUUUUAAAUUCUUCAUUGGGCUACUGUUGUUACUUCUAGAAGUUUUGUAUAACAUUUCCUUUCCUUUUAUGGCAGUUUGUGUAAUCUUGACAGCUAAUUUUGAUGCAGAGUUUCUUAAAUGCAUUAUUUCUACGAAUCUAAAAGCAGCAGCAAGUGCAUAACAGCAAUGUACAGUAAUACUCAAUGUAUGAACAGGAUGUAUUUGCAAAGUUUCAUUCUUAUGUCAAAACUCUGUAAGUGAAUAACCUUUUAAUAUUAGUACUGUAGUGAUACAUUCUUAGCCCUCAUAUUUUAUCAUUUCAUGCUAUAAAAGCUUAAUCAUCCAUGUUUUAAAGAGACUUUUUUGACUGAAAACAUAUUUUGUGCUAAUAAACUGCUUGUGAGUUAACUUUAAAGAAGUUAAAGAAGUGGCAGACUGACCAGUGCUUUUAUUUUUAUCAGUAGUAUUCAGAAUUAUUGUAACUAUA